AGCAAAGGCUGUGGACGCUGAGACUCUACACCACAGCAGCAAAACACAGAAGCCAAACCAGCUAUGGACUGAAAUAUCGGCUGCACUGAUUCUGGGCUCAGGAGUUCUUUUUUUGGUUUAGUUGAGGAAGAUUUCUCGAUGCUGCUGUGACACAAAAACACGGAUCAUGCUGUCUCACCGCAGAGGCAAGAGCCUCUCUGAUGCCAUCACCCUGGAACAGUCAGAAGAUGGCGGAGUGGUCGUUUCCAGCAUCAACAACGAUGCCACUGGAAAUCAGGGUCUGAGGAAGGGGGAUGAAAUUUUGGGGGCAACAAUUGAUUUUGACAAACUGUCAAAAGAGGAGGUGCUUAAUGUAUUGAAAAUGAUGGAGCCCUUUGAUGACAAGGUCAAGGUCCUCACCAGGAACACACUGAGCAGAAGCCUCGGUGAUCUGGACCAAUGUGGCAGACAGAGUCCUAAGACGAUGCUAAAUGACUCCUACAGCAAACUCUACAAUGCCAAAAUCAAGAGGUUCAUGAAGGAUGACAUACAUGGUGUGGAUGCAGGCGGUGUGAGCGGCAAGCUAACUGCAGCAGGCUUGUCCAAUGUCAGCCUAAAACAUGACAUGGGAUUGCCCCGCCUCGGAGUUGACUUUGGACUUCUAAAAGCAAACACUCUGAGCACAGAUGAUGAUAAUGAUGAUUCAGAAUCUGAUGAUAGAUCAGCUGGAAAAGUGACAGAUGGCAGCAAUCUGAAUCUGCCACCUUUGGGUCUUGGUGGAGUUCAGAUACCAAGAUUGGAAGUUGACGCUGAAAGUCCACAGCUUAAUGCUCCAGACUUCAAUCUGUCUGGAUCAUUACCAAAAGGUCCAAAUACAAACACUGCAGGUGGUAUGCAACUGCCAAACACUGAUAACCCAUCAGUUGACUUUAGAAUGCCACAUCUGGAAAGACCUCAUAUCGAACUGGAAGGCAAAGGGAUUUCUCGUGCUCAAAAAAUGCAAGGCUCAAAUACUCGUACUCCUGAAAUGGAGAUGAACUUAAGUGGAGGAAAUGUAUCUGGUCCAUCCUUCAACACUAGUGCUCCCAGAGUGAGCAUUGAAGGAACCAAAAAAGAAUUCAAAAUGCCAAAAUUCAAACUACCUGACCUUGGUCUAUCUGGAACUUCUUAUAGUGCUACAGAAUCUGAGACUGAAUCACAAGGCCUGGAUGUUCCUUCAGAUAGACUUAAUCCUAAGUAUUCCCAGAGACUCAAAAAGCCAGAUCUGAAUGUGGAUGAUCUUUCUGGUUAUGUCGAGUCACCUAAACUUUCAUUGUCUGGUAGAUCACCUGACCUAGACCUAGAAAUGCGAGGUGUCAAUGUAUCCAAACACAAUCUAAAGGGACCCAAUGUGGACACACCCUCCGGUGGAAUCAAAGUGACAUCCAUCAAACCACAGAUCGAUCUUAGAUCUCCAGACUUAGAUUUGGAUGCACCAGCUGGUCAACUCACUAUGCCUAAAUUUGGAUUCUCGGGCAAGGGUGGAGCUGAUGUUAAAACACCUGAUCUAGGGCUCAAAACGCCAAAGAUAAAAGGUGAUAUCCAUGCACCUGAUAUAAAUCUACCCAAAGCUGACGUAAAAGGUAUAUCUGGAAAAUACAAGGCUCCUAAAUUUGCCAUGCCAAAGUUUGAUUUACCAGACAUUGAAGUUCCAGAUAUUAAAGGAUUCAAUGGGAGACCAGAUGUGCAUUUGUCUGCACCUGAUCUAAAAGCUGGAAUUGCAAAGCCAAAUGUUGACUUGAACAUGACUAGCUCAUCAGGUAAACUUAAAAUGCCUGGAGCUGGGCUAUCUGGGUCUAAGAUUACAGGACCUGAAUAUAAGUUAAAAACUCCAGACAUUGAUGUAUCUGCUCCCAGGUUUAAAGAGGGCAUUGGUUUGCAUCUCAAAGACCCAAAACUAGAUCUAAAUACCCCUGAUGUUGACAUUAACAUGCCUUCUGGUAAAUUGGACAUUGGAGCAGAUGCUCCAUCUAGCAAGUUUAAAAUACCAAAAUUUAAGAUCUUUGGAACACUGCCAAAGAAUAAAGAUGUAGAUAUCAAUGCAGGGAUUAAAACACCUAAACUAAAAACUGGUGAACUAAGGACUCCAGACUUUGAUCUGUCAGCACCCAAAUUCAAAGGGGCUAUUGAUUCCCGAGAUAUGAAUUUGCCUGAGAUGGACCUAAAUAAGCCCAAAUUAGAUCUAUCUGGACCAGAUGUAACGUCAAGCAAAUUCCAAAUGCCUGAAUUUAACUUUUCAGGCACAUUGCCAAAGGGACCAAAGUUAGAUGUAAACACGGAUCUAAAAUCACCAGAUCUAGGUUUUAAGGGUGGCAUUGAUGCCCCUGAUUUGGACUUACCAGACAUGCACCUUAAGGGUCCUAAGUUGGAUAUGAAUACUCCAGAUGUCAAUAUGGGCUCACCCAAAGCAAAAUUAAAAAUCCCUAAAUUAAAGAUGCCUAAAUUUAGUCUUCCAGGAGUAAACGGACCAGAGAUUAAUGGCAAUUUAGAUAGGCCAGACAUUGACAUUAAUAUACCCAAUGCAAAUCUCAAAGGUCCAAAUGCUGACUUGGAAAUACCAGAUGUUGAUAUUGCUGGUCCAUCAGGGAAAUUCAAGAAGCCGAACUUGAACCUACCUGAGUUGGGGGGUGAAAUUAAUCCACCAGAUCUAAAAAUGCCCAAGGUUGACCUGAAAGGCCCAAAGGUAGACCUUAAUGCUCUGAAAAUGCCAGAGCUUCAUGCUCCAGACUGGGAUGCCAGUGCUCCCUCAGGCAAACUAAAAAUGCCUAAAUUCAGCCUACCAACCCUAAGAGGACCUGAGAUUGAUGGAAACUUCAACCAUCCAGAUGUAGAUAUAAAUGCGCCCAAGGUCAACCUCAAAGGUCCUAACGCUGACUUGGAUGUUGACAUGGCGGGUCCAUCAACAACAUUCAAAAAGCCAAACUUGAAUAUGCCUGAGUUUGGGGGUGAAAUAAAUCCACCGGAUCUAAAAGGCAAACUGGAAAUGCCAGAGCUUCAUGCUCCAGACUGGAAAAUGAAAAUGCCUAAGUUUAGUUUACCAAGCUUAAAAGGACCUGAGAUUGAUGGAAAAUUAGAUGGUCCAGACGUGGAUAUAAAUGCACCCAAGUUAAACUUCAAAUCACCUAAUCUAGAUUUGUCUGGUCCGGACUUCAGUGGUGGAAUAAAUACACCAGAUCUAAACAUGCGCAAUGUUGACCUAAAAAGCCCCAAACUGGACCUUAAUUCUCCUAAACUCAAUUUAGACAUGCCGUCAGGUAAACUGAAAAUGCCAACCCUGGCAAAACCAAAGGCAGAACUUCAUGCCCCAGACUGGGAUGUUAAUGCUCCCUCAGGCAAAUUGAAAAUGCCCAAGUUUAAUCUUUCAGGUACGUUGCCAAAGGGACCAAAUAUGGACAUAAAAACAGAUUUAAAGCGUCCAGAUUUAAGUCUCAAAUCUCCGAAGAUAAAUGGUGGAAUUGAUUCACCAGACUUUAACUUACCAAAUAUGGACUUAAAAGCUCCAAAAUUAGAUGUGAAUGCUCCAGAUGUUAACAUUGGUUCUCCUAAAGGGAAAUUAAAAUUCCCCAAAAUUAAUAUGCCGAAAUUUAGCUUCCCAAGCUUAAAAGGACCUGAAAUUGAUGGAAAUAUAGAUGGCCCAGAUGUAGAUAUAAACGCACCAAAAGUCAACCUUAAAGGUCCCAAAGCUGACUUUGAUGCUGAUUUUGAUGGUCCAUCUGGAAAAUUUAAAACGCCAAACUUGAACUUGCCAAAAUUUGGACUGUCUGGCCCCAACAUUGAUGCCCCUAAGUUGGACUUUAAAUCACCUAACCUAGAUUUGUCUGGUCCAGACCUCAGUGGUGGAAUAAAUGCACCAGAUCUAAACAUGCCUAAGGUGGACUUAAAAAGCCCCAAAAUGGACUUUAACUCCCCGAAACUCAACUUAGACAUGCCAUCAGGCAAACUGAAAAUGCCAACACUGACAAAACCAAAGGCAGAGCUUCAUGCACCAGACUGGGAUUUUAAUGCUCCCUCGGGCAAAAUGAAAAUGCCUAAAUUUGAUCUUUCAGGUACAUUGCCAAAGGGACCAAAUUUGGACAUAAACACAGAUUUAAAGCGUCCAGAUUUCAGUCUCAAAUCUCCAAAGAUAAGUGGUGGAAUUAAUGCACCAGACUUGAACGUACCAAAUAUGGACUUAAAGGCUCCAAAAUUAGAUGUGAAUGCUCCAGAUGUUAACAUUGGUUCUCCUAAAGGGAAAUUAAAAUUCCCCAAAAUUAAAAUGCCGAAAUUUAGCUUCCCAAGCUUAAAAGGACCUGAAAUUGAUGGAAAUAUAGAUGGCCCAGAUGUAGAUAUAAACGCACCAAAAGUCAACCUUAAAGGUCCCAAAGCUGACUUUGAUGCUGAUUUUGAUGGUCCAUCUGGAAAAUUUAAAACGCCAAACUUGAACUUGCCAAAAUUUGGACUGUCUGGCCCCAACAUUGAUGCCCCUAAGUUGGACUUUAAAUCACCUAACCUAGAUUUGUCUGGUCCAGACCUCAGUGGUGGAAUAAAUGCACCAGAUCUAAACAUGCCUAAGGUGGACUUAAAAAGCCCCAAAAUGGACUUUAACUCCCCGAAACUCAACUUAGACAUGCCAUCAGGCAAACUGAAAAUGCCAACACUGGCAAAACCAAAGGCAGCGCUUCAUGCACCAGACUGGGAUUUUAAUGCUGCCUCGAGCAAAAUGAAAAUGCCUAAAUUUGAUCUUUCAGGUACAUUGCCAAAGGGACCAAAUUUGGACAUAAACACAGAUUUAAAGAGUCCAGAUUUCAGUCUCAAAUCUCCAAAGAUAAGUGGUGGAAUUAAUGCACCAGACUUGAACGUACCAAAUAUGGACUUAAAGGCUCCAAAAUUAGAUGUGAAUGCUCCAGAUGUUAACAUUGGUUCUCCUAAAGGGAAAUUAAAAUUCCCCAAAAUUAAAAUGCCGAAAUUUAGCUUCCCAAGCUUAAAAGGACCUGAAAUUGAUGGAAAUAUAGAUGGCCCAGAUGUAGAUAUAAAUGCACCAAAGUUCAACCUUAAAGGUCCCAAAGCUGACUUUGAUGCUGAUUUUGAUAGUCCGUCAGGAAAAUUUAAAACACCAAACUUGAAUAUACCUAAUUUUGGUCUGUCUGGUCCCAACAUUGAGGCCCCGAAGUGGAACUUAAAAUCACCUAACCUAGAUUUGUCUGGUCCAGAUCUCAGUGGUGGAAUAAAUGCACCAGAUCUAAACAUGCCUAAGGUGGACUUAAAAAGCCCCAAAAUGGACUUUAACUCCCCGAAACUCAACUUAGACAUGCCAUCAGGCAAACUGAAAAUGCCAACACUGGCAAAACCAAAGGCAGAGCUUCAUGCACCAGACUGGGAUUUUAAUGCUCCCUCGGGCAAAAUGAAAAUGCCAAAUAUGGACAUAAACACAGAUUUGAACCUGAAAGGCCCAAAGGUAAAGGGAGGAAUUGAUGGUCCUGACUUCAACAUGCCAAACAUGGACCUUAAAGCUCCAAAGUUGGAUGUCAACACCCCUGAUGUCAACAUUGGCUCACCCAAAACAAGGUUUAAAAUGCCCAAACUGAAAAUGCCUAAAGUUCAUCUACCAACCUUACAAGGACCUGAGAUUGAGGGCAAUUUAGAUGGUCGAGGCCUUGACAUCAAUGCAUCUGACAUCAACCUCAAAGGACCCAGAAGUGGCUUUGAAAUGCCAGAUGUUGGUUUUGGUAGUCUGUCUGAAAGAAUGAAAAUGCCACAUUUGAAAAUGCCAGCUGUGGGAUUUUCUACUCCGGAUUUAGAUGGACCACACUAUGACCUCAAGACACCAGAUCUUAAUGCCAAACUACCCAAAGGACCCAAUUUGAACAUUAAUUCAGACCUAAAAUCCCCUGAUUUCAAUCUCAAAACUCCAAAAUUGGGUUUACCAGAUGUGGAUCUUAAAUCUCCAAAGUUCGACAUGAACACUCCAGAUGUAAGCCUUGGUUUACCUGAUGCAAAGUUCAAAAAACCCAAGAUGCCAAACAUCCCAAAUAUCGAUAUAAAUGGAGACCUACGGCGACCCGACGUCAAUAUUCCUAAUGUAAACAUUAAUGGUCCAAAUGGAAAAUUGAAAAUGCCAAGUGUAAAUACACCAGACCUCAGUCUGUCUGGACCUAAGGCAAAAACACCAGACAUAAAUUUGCCCAAUACCAGCUUCACAGGUCCCAAACUAAACAUCAAUACAAACCGACCUGACCUAAGAAUAAAUGACAACAUAGGGCAACCUGACAUAAACCUUAAUGCCCCCCAUGUUAAAGGAAGAAUCAGAAGUCCAGACUUUGAUAUGAAUGUUCCCUCUGGAAACUUCCAGGGUCCUCAGACUGAUCUUGAUCUUGACAGAAAAUUCAAACUCCCUUCUUUUAAGCUUCCUCAGUUGGGAGGCCCAGGUCUCAAUAACACAGGGUCUGACAUUGAUUUUGGUGCACCUUUGAGACCAACAAAUCUUGAUAUUUCUCCCCCUAAUGCAAAAAUGAAUGCAAAACCAGUAGAAUUGAAGGGGAACAUCAAAGGUCCAAAUAUUAAUGCUCCUAAUGUGGAUGCCCAUAUGCCUAAAGCAGCAAUGAGGAAUCCACAGCUGCAUCUUAAAUCUCCAGAACUGAACCUUGAUGAUCCUUCUUUCAGUUUCAGAGGACCCUCACAUAAGCAUCGCAUAUCUGAUACAACAGGUAUGAAUAUGAGGAUCCCUGAUCUGGAUGUAGAUGGAGAUCUCAGACCAAGACAUAGUGAUAGAAAGUCACAUCAUGGCCACCAUAUUGAUUUUAACCGAUCAGAUCUCAACAUUGACGAUUUCACAGGAAAGCAUCAUGUGCUCAGGGCCAGAGCCUCAAAGCCAGACCUCCAGAUGUCUCAUAGUUAUAGACAGGUGUACUCUCCAUCAGUUGUCCAUACUGACAUGAAGAACCUGGUGCACACCAGAAGAGUCCCAGCUGGUGACAUUAAUGUACAUUCAAGGCAGCAGAGAACAAUGCAGCAUGCAGCUAGUGUACGAGUACCACAUUUAUCUCAAGAUGCACGAGUAAGAGUACCUGACGCUUCUGAUGGAUACUACGUCACAGUUUUUCCUACUGUGGCACAAAAUCAAAAAAUGCCAAAUCGUAAACACAACACUCUUGGACGGCCUGACUUACAUCCAGGAAACAUUGAACUUGAAGUUCCAAAUGAGAAUGACCGAAAGGGGUCAACGUUUUUUUUCUCUGACCUUGUGUAGGUUUCAAUUCACGUUUCCUGUGACAUCAUUUGUUUGUGUUUUUGUAUUUUUUUUUGUCUUUUAUUGAUUUAAUA